CUGUGGCAGAGAAAAGAGGUAGUGAGCUGGUGUUUCAGGAUGUGAGGGCCCGCAGGAGCAGACCUGGGUUCUCUCUGUCAUCUGCCCGUCAUCGUGCAAGCUCUGACCGGAGCUGCCCGCAGUCCCCAUGGUGGGCGUCCCCCGCGGCGGGGACCCGUGAAGAGCAGCGGCAUGCCAGGGAAGCCCAAGCACCUGGGUGUCCCCAACGGACGCAUGGUUCUGGCUGUCUCUGAUGGAGAGCUGAGCAGCACGACUGGGCCCCAGGGCCAGGGCGAGGGCCGAGGCAGCUCCCUCAGCAUCCACAGCCUCCCCAGUGGCCCCAGCAGCCCCUUCCCCACCGAGGAGCAGCCUGUGGCCAGCUGGGGCCUGUCCUUCGAGCGGCUGCUACAGGACCCACUGGGCCUGGCUUACUUCACUGAGUUCCUGAAGAAGGAGUUCAGUGCUGAGAAUGUGACUUUCUGGAAGGCCUGCGAGCGCUUCCAGAAAAUCCCGGCCAGCGACACCCAGCAGUUAGCUCAGGAGGCCCGUAACAUCUACCAAGAGUUCCUGUCCAGCCAGGCGCUCAGCCCCGUGAACAUCGACCGGCAGGCCUGGCUCGGCGAGGAAGUGCUGGCAGAGCCGCGACCGGACAUGUUCCGGGCCCAGCAGCUUCAGAUCUUCAACUUGAUGAAGUUCGACAGCUAUGCGCGCUUCGUCAAAUCCCCUCUGUACCGCGAGUGCCUCCUGGCGGAGGCCGAGGGUCGCCCCCUGCGGGAACCUGGCUCCUGGCGCCCCGGCAGCCCCGACGCCACGAGAAAGAAGCCGAAGCUGAAGCCCGGGAAGUCGCUGCCGCUGGGCGUGGAGGAGCUGGGGCAGCUGCCACCUGCUGAGGGCCGCCCGCUCCGCAAGUCCUUCCGCAGGGAACUAGCCGGCGGGGCGGCCAACUCAGCCUUGCGCCGUGAGUCCCAGGGAUCGCUCAACUCCUCCGCCAGUCUGGACCUGGGCUACCUUGCCUUUGCCAGCAGCAAAUCUGAGAGCCACCGGAAGAGCCUUGGGAGCUCAGAAGGUGAGAAUGAAAGCCGACCAGGGAAGUACUGCUGCGUAUACUUGCCUGAUGGCACAGCCUCCUUGGCCCUGGCCCGACCCGGCCUCACCAUCCGUGACAUGCUGGCAGGCAUCUGUGAAAAACGAGGCCUCUCUCUACCUGACAUCAAGGUCUACCUGGUGGGCAAUGAGCAGAAGGCCCUAGUCCUGGAUCAGGACUGCACCGUGCUGGCAGACCAGGAAGUGCGGCUGGAGAACAGAAUCACCCUCGAGCUUGAGGUGUCGGCGCUGGAGCGCCUGGUGCGGAUCUCCGCCAAGCCCACCAAGCGGCUGCAGGAGGCGCUGCAGCCCAUCCUCACAAAGCACGGCCUGAGCCCGCAGCAGGUGGCGUUACGCCUGCCAGGCGAGAAGCAGCCGCUGGAUCUGGAGACACUAGUGAGUUCGGUGGCCUCCCAGAGGUUGGUUUUGGACACUCUCCCAGGUGUGAAGAUCCCUGAGGCUGGUGACAUACCCCCCUGCCACAGCCAGAAUCCAGGACAAGGCCACCAACCUCCCUCCAUCGUCCCUGAACUCGCUGGCCCAAGUGCCCAGUAGUAUCACUGGAAAGCGGCAGACCUGUGACAUUGAAGGCCUGGUGGAGCUGCUGAACCGAGUGCAGAGCUGUGGAGCCCAUGACCAGAGGGGCCUUCUACGCAAAGAGGAUCUAGUGCUUCCAGAAUUUCUGCAGCUGCCUGCCCAAGGACCCAACUCCCAGCAGCCUCCACCACAAGUGGAAUCAGCAGCCCAGCCCAAGGGGAGCGCCUCGGACUCCACUGUCCACUCUGCCCUCUGACAGCAACCCAACAGUCCAGGCUGGCUGCAUGGCACCUGGCGGGCCAAGCAUGCCAUGGGCCCGCUCUGCAUGCCCUGUCUGUGCCAUGAGUGUCCCUGGCCCCUUCCCGCCACGGGCAGGCCCGCAGGAAGAGGUGGGAGGGGUAGAGCGGAGACUCAGAGGAGUGACACCCCACAGCUGCCACCACUUGGUCUCUUAAGGGGCUUGCUCAUCCAUCCCUCGCUGCCAGGCCAUCAGGGGGAGGUGGGCCUAGCCCCCAGUGCAGACGUGCCCAGUGCAGAGGGGCGGCAUCAGCAGUGCCAGCCUCCCCACCGCAUUCCAGGCCUCAGCAGGGAUCAGGAGGAGGGGCUGGCCCUUCUUCCAGUAGCUGGUCUGAGUAAGGCCUGACGGUGCAGGCAGGCAGCCCCUCCCUCUACCCAGAGACUUGGACUGUGCAGUUGGCUUGGGGCAGCUGGGUUUGUCCUGGAUGUAUGAUAUUGUUAUUAUAAUAGUUAUUAUUCUGCCAUGAGGUGUCUUCCUUGUGUACCAGUCUACACUGUGCGCCGCCCCCACCCCAAAAUUGCAUUGCCUUUGUCACUAAGGUCAGUGCCAGGAAGUUCUUGGGGGCCUCAGGAUGUACCCCCUGACUUCCUGCUGUCAGAGCCUCUCUUCCUGAUUGCACAGAGCGUAGGGUGUGAGUGUGAGAGGCAGAGACAGCCAGAGAGAGGGAGGGAGGGACAGAGGAAGUGGGGGAGGGAGGAAGGGGAGAGAGGGGAAAGGGGAGGGAGGGGUAGGCCCUCUGGGGAGCUGUGCCCCUGCCGGCGUCCUUGUGCUGCUCCUAGGUCUCUGAAUCUGAGUACAGUGUCUGGUCACUCAACUCCUUUCUAGUGGAGACUGAACAUGUCUCUGUAGACACGGCAGUGGGCUCCUUUGGAUUCCCUGAAGCUGCGGUGGCAAGGGCAGGUUCUGGCCCUACCUGCUUUGGCUCUUUGGUCUUCCCUGUCUCCAGGCAGCCGGGGAAGCCCAGAGCCCACCCAGGAGGAGAAGCAAUGAUCCCUUUUAACAUUCUGUGAUUCUUUUGGGGAGAAACACACUCUUUUUUAAUUGAAGUGUGGUUGAUUGAUAAUAUUAUAUUAGUUUCAGGAGUACAGGAAAGUGAUUCUGUUUUAAGUUUAAGGUAUAGCAAACAUAACAGAAGAGAAGUCAUGACUAUAUAACUUGAAUUAUCAUGAAGAGAACACAAACCAAGAGUGAUUCCGUUUUGUUUUGUUUCAGAUUAUGAGAUAAAUUAUGAGAAUGGGAUUAACAGGUACAAGCUACUUAAGAUAGAUAAGCAACAAAGAUUUACUGUAUAACACAGGGAACUAUAUUCAAACCUUAUAAUAAUAUAUAAUGGAGAAUAAUCUGAGAUUGAUUGUUAUAUAUUUAUCUUGUAUACAGCCAAGUUCUCUUAUUAAUUCUGGGUGGGGUUGUUUCUAUUUGUUUUUGUUUUUAACUAGAUCCUCUUAGGGCUUUAUAGACAUUCGAUAUCAUCUGCAAAUAAAGGGAAUCCUGUCUCUUUUUCCACUGGCAUACUUUAAUUUGACUUUUUAUUAAAGCAAUUUCAAAUUUGUAAAAAGUUACUAAAAUAAAAAUAGUACAAGGA